CCGGCUCUCUACGACACUCGCGCAGCAUGCUGCAUCCGACCAAGGGUGGUCGCAGCGACAGAGGCCUGCACGUCGCGCUGCAGCUCGACACAGAAGCUGCGGCCUGCUGGACCAUGCCUUCGCCAGCUGGCAGCGCCCUGUGCAGAUGCAGCCGUCGCGCAGCUUGCCUAGCACGGGCAGCACAGGCGUCGCGCCGACGCCACACGCCUCACCGCCUUCUUCGAGGGCAACGGCGGCCAGCUGCCAAUCUCAGGCGCUUGUAGUUGUUCUCACCGCGCCUGAGCCGCCCGCCUGCGCCUUCGUACCUGGCAGCUCCUGGAGAUCGCAGCGAGAUCCCAGCGCGAGCUCGCUAUUGCCAUCAGUCCGUGCAACCGAGCUGGCCUGACGUGCGCGCGCCUUACGUAUCAGCGCAAGCCUCG